UGACAUAAUUACGCGCGGGCGCAGGUAGAGCGCCGAGGGGGCCUACUAUUGCCUACAGCGACAGUCGAGAGGCAUUCGUCGAACGAGCGGCCGCGUCGCGUCUCACAGUGCAGCACCUAAACCGGCCCGAAUGCCGGAGAACCAGUCGGGAGGAUGGCGGGCCUCGGCGUGAGAACUGCGACAUGUUGAAGCAUGCGCAGCGGCCGCCGGCGGCGAACGAUGCCGACCACCGCUACCAGAACAUGCCGCGGCGGCCGCACCACCACCUACCCCUCAACGUCUCCACGCUCGACUCCUCCAAACAUUCCGUCGGGGGAACUUCGGCCAGCGUGAGCCCUGGCGCUCAACCGCCAGUCAACACCGCUCCAGUGUCCGUUGUAGCACCAAUACCCGUCGCUUCACCUCCGAAGAUCGCCAACGGAAAUGCCUCAGGGGCACCUUCUACUCGAACGCAAACAACAAGAAGCAAAAGCCAACGAGCGGCUACGGAGGAAGCGUUGACUUCUUUAGCACUACUGUGCCUCAUCAGUCUACUCCUGGCUUUGCUAGCCUUGCUGUUCCUGCUCAAGAUAUCCGCGCCGGCGACGACCGCCCCCGAGGAGUUUGCAGUGGUUUACGAAGUGACGUUAGCAUUGUGUGCGUUGACACUAUCAUUGAAUCUUUGCUGUCUUCUUGUUUGUGCAAUACAGUUCCUGUUCGCUGUGAAGUUGGUUCACUCUCCUUCGGCGCCGAACGGCCGAACAAAUAAGUACCUUCAAAAGUCGGCCGUGACGCGAGUAUGCGCAGUGGGCGGUUUCUUCAUCUCAAUACCAGUGUUUCUAACAGGAAUAAUCUUAUACACGUUCAUCCAAUUCCACUCAACCCCCGCGAUUGUAACGUCAGUCUUCAUCGGAGUGGGGAUAGUUUUCUGCGGCUGCGCAAUGGUUCACAACGUCUUCGUGUGGCAGAAAGAGAAGACGAAUGUCGUCAAAGCAUUUCGGGCGCAAGAAAAUGCCGCUUCUAAUUUGAACACGUCAAAUGGAAUGCUACUAGGAAACGGACACUUGAAUAAUACUGGAGUGGGGGGGAAUUUGAGUUUCCACAGCAUAAGUGGGGCGCCGUACGCGCAUCCGAUUACGUUGUUGCAGCAAGGAGGCCCUUAUAUUAUCAGGCCUCCCACGAGUACUCCUCCGGGCGAAGGAGCCGCGUCGCCAGGAGUUCCGAACGCAACCGUCGACCUAAGCCAUGAUACACACGAACUCAGCACCUUGGUCUGAGUCGUGUUGUGUUGCCAUUAUCUCAUAAUAAUAGACUCUUCAAUUUAUCACAUUCAGGAAUUAAGUUUCAAGUGUUGUAAAACUAACUCUUCCUACCCUUGAUCAUAGCCACGACACGCAUAUUCUCAGCACAUUCUGAGUUAUGAGCAGUGUAGUGUUGCCAUUGUCGCGUUAUAAUGCGUUGCCUUAUCAAGUAUUAAUUUAUACACAUUCCGGAAUGAAUAGCUAGUUAUAGUUUCGGUGUUGCAAGACAUCUUAUCCACCGUUGACAUAAGGACUAGGUUAUUGUGUUGCCUUUAUCAAGUCUUAAUUGUAACCAUGGAAAUAAUGCCAUACUAGAAAACCAUGUAUAAAAAUUUGAGACUUCUACACAUUCCAAAAAAGUGGCAGUCUAGUUUCAUGUGAAACUGUUUCUUUAUUGCUUAUAUCUGUGACUUAUACAAUGAGAAAUAUUGUAAAAAAUGUUGUUGCAAAGUUAAUUCUAGGAACUUAAUGUUCGAUCACACAAAUGUAUACCUUUGGCAUAGAUUUUUAACAUUUAGCUAGUUCAGAUGGUAAAUCACGAUCAUAAACUUAUUUAAUUUGAAAUAUUUUAGAAUUUUUUGUGCCGGCAUUAAUUAAACAAAGGCAGUUUGCUGAAAAAUAAAUUUAUUAACGUAUAUAACAGAUAAUAUUUACAAAAGUUAAACUUAAUUGUAAUACCAGUUCCUUCAGGAUAAUGGGAGUGCAGUCGCUGUAUUACACAAAUCGACAUACUGUUUUUAAGACUCACAAUGCCGUUAAAAAAGAAUUCAAACCAAACAAAUUCGUCCGUCGGUUGGAAAAUGGAUCUUAAAGUAAAAAAAAAACAAAAUCUUCAAAUAUAAAUACGAGUUUAACAUUUAAGGAUAGUGUGCUUUAUUGCAAUACGUUAAGAGCCGUUUUUUGAAAGGUAAACCAAGGUAUUUGACUACCAUGUUAAUAUUGUACAGUUGUUCGAAGGCUACACAAAUAAACAUACGCUUAUUUACUGAUAUACACGUAUUCAGAUCAAUAAUUAUCAUGCACGUACUAAAAUAUAUAUACUCAGGUAGAUUAUGUAACGGGCUUUUUAAAAGUACCUCGGUUUUAUAUAUUUGUGUUACUAUGAUCGUCAUGGACAGGCCGGCGAUUCCUACAAUAAAAAACCGUUACGAAAUUGGUUUCCCAACGAGUGAAAAACCAAGUCUGAACUAAAUUUAAAAUCUUAUUUGUCUCGUAAAGUCACGAAGGAGCAUAAAAGCGCCUAGAACGAAAUAUUGUAGUAGUUUAUUUGUAUAUUGCAAUACUUGUAAAUAUUGUUAUUUAGACUAUGUUCUUGUCGGCCAAGACAUUGCCAUGUUUAGCUAAGUUAUUUAAUUAAACCUAAGGUUUUUCAAAUUUUGUGUACAACGUAUAAGUAGAUUCAGUCAAGGAGAUACGAUGUUACCACUUUAUAAGUUACACCGAUGUCGCUGCGCAGAAGUCUCAAUUUAUAUAUGGCCCGAAACAUUUAAGUCUAUAGAAUAGCAUAGAAUAGAUUUAUUUUCAAAUUGGAUACAAGGUAGGUCAUUUGAACCCGCGAACUGAACUGCACUCUAUUAUGAGCGAGAUAGCAAGAGAUUUUUUGUUUUUAGAAUUUGAAUUUAAUGUGCUUCUAAUAAGGUCGUUAUUGAAUUUUCAUUCGGUUUGAUUUGGCGGUAGAUAGCGCUUUUCUGUGCCACCGAUCGACGCGACUUAUAAAAUUGGUGGAACUAUACAUUAUUCAAAAUGCAGUGACUAAAAUAUUUGUUAUUAAUUUGUACCCACAUUAUUAAGAUGAAUAACA